AUGAAACAGCUGUUUGUUUAUAUACUUUUGUUGGGAUUUGUCUCUGCAGAUUGUCCGAAUGGAUCGGUGCCGAUUCCCGAAUUGCCUGGAGAACAGUGCUGGGUCUUUGUGAAAGAUGUUGCGAUCGAAGUGGAUCAGUGGUUCACUUGUAUGUAUCAAGACGCAACUUUCCUUUCCGUUCACAACACUUUCGAGAAUAAUCUCAUCGUCGAGUAUGCUCAACAAUAUCUGGGAAAUGUGAGCUCGAUUUAUCUUGGAAUGGAGUAUUUGCAUGUUGGAAGAGAUAUUGGAUGGGGAUGGUAUGAUGGAACGCCGAUGGAUUAUUUCAAAUGGGCUUUGGGCGAGCCAAAACCCUCAGCUGAGUGCGGUCAUCUCGAUUUGAAAAGUACAAACUGGAUCUCGGAUGGGUAUUGUCCCAAAGGAUCGGUACCGAUUCCAGAGUUGACUGGAGAGUGUUGGGUUUUUGUGAAAAAAUCUGAUGUCGAAGUCUAUCAAGAUUUGGCUUGUGUUCUGCUUGGCACCGAGAUGAUCUCUAUUCACAACACAAUCCAAAACAAUAUCAUCGCUCAAUACGCUCAACAACAGUUUGGAAAUAAUGUCACUGGAGUGUAUCUUGGACUCGAGUGGUUACACGUUGGAAAAGAUUUAGGAUGGUGUUGGGAAGAUGGGACACCCACGGACUACUUGAAAUGGGCUGCAGGUGAGCCAAAGCUAUCAAACGAGUGCGUUCAUCUCAAUCCAAGCAACGGAAAUUGGUUCUCGGAUGGUUGUGUGGACAAGUAUCCAACGAUUUGUCGAGUUCCACAACCUGGCGAGUCACGAAGAACUAGAAACUUGAGAGCAAAUCGC